AUGACUGCCUUUGUGGUGGAAUCAUGGAUAUGGUAUUCCGUGACCAUAUGUAUGGUUCUCUCGCGCAUGGUGUCGCGCCUGCUACUAUUCAGAUCUUUGCUACGACUCCAGAUUGAGGACUACCUGAUGAUGUUCCUGACCUGUCUAUAUACUAUUCUGAUCGUGUUCCUCAACAUUGACCUGAAUGUCUCGACGAAUCUCAUCGACCCGGCCUACCCCGUCGUCUUGACACCUCAAGAAAUCUCCCGCCGGACCUGGGGAUCCAAGACUGUCCUCCUCGUUGAACAGUGCAUGUGUGCUGUGCAAUGGGGAACCAAGUGUUGCCUCCUUCUCCUCUACUGGCGCCUCACUCAGAAUCUCAAGCAAGGCUUGGUGGUCAAAAUCGCCGCCACAUAUGUCGCCGUCACCUACAUCGUCAUGGAGAUAUGCUAUUUCGGCGUCUGGUGUCGACCGUUCCACGACUAUUGGCAGACUCCGACCACCAAUGUGCAGUGCACCACCGCCUUGCACCAUCUUAUCAUGAACCUGGUAUUCAACCUCAGCAGCGAUGUUCUCAUCCUGUCAAUUCCUCUCCCCCUCUUUGUCAAGGCCCAUCUGGGACUCAAGAAGAAGAUUCUGCUGGUGUUCCCGUUCAGCCUGGGACUGUUUACGAUGCUCUGUGCGAUUCUGAGUAAGCGCCUCAGUUUCACCCACCCCUUUAGUUCUGAAUGGGUGUACUGGUAUUGUCGAGAAGCCAGCACGGCAAUGAUUGUCUCCAACAUGCCUUACAGUUGGGCUCUGAUUCGAAGGGUGUUUAAUUUGCGAUCCUUCUUUGGAGAUUCGACCACUGGCCAUAUGCAGGCAGGACAACCUAGAGAACUCCAUGGAUACAGCCUGGGAGCAAUCGCCCUCGAGAGUCAACCGCAAUCGCGACAACCGAGUCACGCUGAUGGAGACGCGAGGACGCCUUCAUGGCCUCGCCUCAAACUCCACCGGACAAAAGAGGACACGCCCAGCCCCUGGACACAUGGUGAUUUGGCCAAAGAAAAGGAGGUCACUGUGGAAGCCAACACGGCAUCGACCAGCACCAGUAGUGCCGGCUCUAUUCGCAGACCACCACCAGCCGCCAACACGGACUGGACCUUGGAUCGCCUGUACCCCUUGGACGAUGAAGAGAUUACGGUCCCGAAUGUAACGCAGCGGCGGUAUGAGGGGGUGUGA